AUGCCCCUAAAACCCAUCAAACGAGGGUAUAAAGUCUGGGUUCGAUCUGACGAGAAUGGAUACGUCUGCCAGUUUCAGAUAUAUGUUGGAAAAAUUAAUAAUCAACCUGAAAAAGACUUGGGCCAAAGGGUUAUUUUAGAUUUGACGCGAGAUUUGGUAGGGAAAGGUUAUCACGUUUUCUUUGACAACUUUUUCAACUCUGUGUCAUUACAGAAGACACUUCAAGCAGAAUUUACUUAUGCAUGCGGCACAGUUAGGGCUAACCGAAAAGAUGUCCCAAAUGACUUACAAUCUGACAAAGAAUUACAGACCCGAGGACAAUCUGACUGCAGGGUUAGCAAAGAUGGACUGGCAUUUAUAAAGUCGAGGGACCGAAAAAUAGUUCACUUUUUGGGAAAUCAUCAGAAUCCUUCAACAGAAGCGACUGUUGCCCGAAAGCAGAAAGACGGAAACUCACAAGUCAUAGCCUGCCCAAUGAUGGUCAAGGAAUAUAACCAACAUAUGGGCUAUGUUGAUAAAACAGAUAUGUUGAAAUCUGUUUAUGAGAUUGACCGCAAAUCUAAGAAAUGGUGGCACUGA